CCCCAUCCUCUGAAAAUCCUAAUGGUGCUACUUCUAGUGUCAGCCAAGGAAAACCCUCUUUAAGACGAAUUAAAGGGAGAUUACACAGAAGCAAAAGCCUUGAUAGCAUCGAUUUCUGCGAGCUCACUAGCACAGCAAUGGAGGAAACAGCUAUAUGGGAACAACAUACAGUGACGCUUCACAGGGCUCCUGGAUUUGGAUUUGGCAUUGCAAUAUCUGGUGGACGAGAUAAUCCUCAUUUUCAGAGUGGGGAAACGUCAAUCGUGAUUUCAGAUGUGCUGAAAGGAGGACCAGCUGAAGGACAGCUACAGGAAAAUGACCGAGUGGCAAUGGUUAACGGAGUUUCAAUGGAUAAUGUUGAACAUGCUUUUGCUGUUCAGCAACUAAGGAAAAGUGGGAAAAAUGCAAAAAUUACAAUUAGAAGGAAGAAGAAAGUUCAAAUACCAGUAAGUCGUCCUGAUCCUGAACCAGUAUCUGAUAAUGAAGAAGAUAGUUACGAUGAGGAAAUACAUGAUCCAAGAAGUGGCCGGAGUGGUGUGGUUAACAGAAGGAGUGAGAAGAUUUGGCCGAGGGAUAGAAGUGCAAGUAGAGAGAGGAGCUUGUCUCCGCGGUCAGACAGGCGGUCAGUGGCUUCCAGCCAGCCCGCUAAACCCACCAAAGUCACACUGGUGAAAUCCCGGAAGAAUGAAGAAUAUGGUCUUCGAUUGGCAAGCCAUAUAUUUGUUAAGGAAAUUUCACAAGAUAGUUUGGCAGCAAGAGAUGGCAAUAUUCAAGAAGGUGAUGUUGUAUUGAAGAUAAAUGGUACUGUGACAGAAAAUAUGUCAUUGACAGAUGCAAAGACAUUGAUAGAAAGGUCUAAAGGCAAAUUAAAAAUGGUAGUUCAAAGAGAUGAACGGGCUACACUGUUGAACGUCCCUGAUCUGUCUGACAGCAUCCACUCUGCUAAUGCCUCUGAGAGAGACGACAUUUCAGAAAUUCAGUCACUGGCCUCAGAUCAUUCUGGUCGAUCACACGAUAGGCCUCCCCGCCGCAGCCGGUCACGAUCUCCUGACCAGCGGUCAGAGCCUUCUGAUCAUUCCAGACACUCUCCACAGCAGCCAAGCAAUGGCAGUCUCCGGAGUAGAGAUGAAGAGAGAAUUUCUAAGCCUGGGGCUGUCUCAACUCCUGUAAAGCAUGCUGAUGAUCACACACCUAAAACAGUGGAAGAAGUUACAGUUGAAAGAAACGAGAAACAAACACCUUCUCUUCCAGAACCAAAGCCUGUGUAUGCCCAGGUUGGGCAACCAGAUGUGGAUUUACCUGUCAGUCCAUCAGAUGGUGUCCUACCUAAUUCAACUCAUGAAGAUGGGAUUCUUCGACCCAGCAUGAAAUUGGUAAAAUUCAGAAAAGGAGAUAGUGUGGGAUUACGACUGGCUGGUGGAAAUGAUGUUGGAAUAUUUGUAGCUGGCGUUCUAGAAGAUAGCCCCGCAGCCAAGGAAGGCUUAGAGGAAGGUGAUCAAAUUCUCAGGGUAAACAACGUAGAUUUUACAAAUAUCAUAAGAGAAGAAGCCGUCCUUUUCCUGCUUGACCUCCCUAAAGGAGAAGAAGUGACCAUAUUGGCUCAGAAGAAGAAGGAUGUUUAUCGUCGCAUUGUAGAAUCAGAUGUAGGAGAUUCUUUCUAUAUUAGAACCCAUUUUGAAUAUGAAAAGGAAUCUCCCUAUGGACUUAGUUUUAACAAAGGAGAGGUGUUCCGUGUUGUGGAUACCUUGUACAAUGGAAAACUGGGCUCUUGGCUUGCUAUUCGAAUUGGCAAAAAUCAUAAGGAGGUAGAACGAGGCAUCAUCCCUAAUAAGAACAGAGCUGAGCAGCUGGCCAGUGUGCAGUACACACUUCCAAAAACAGCAGGGGGAGACCGCGCCGACUUCUGGAGAUUCCGAGGUCUUCGCAGCUCCAAGAGAAAUCUUCGAAAGAGCAGAGAGGAUUUGUCCGCUCAGCCUGUUCAAACAAAGUUUCCAGCUUAUGAAAGAGUGGUUCUUCGAGAAGCUGGAUUUCUGAGGCCUGUAACCAUUUUUGGACCAAUAGCUGAUGUUGCCAGAGAAAAGCUGGCUAGAGAAGAACCAGAUAUUUAUCAAAUUGCAAAGAGUGAACCACGAGACGCUGGAACUGACCAACGUAGCUCUGGCAUUAUUCGCCUGCAUACAAUAAAGCAAAUCAUAGAUCAAGACAAACAUGCUUUAUUAGAUGUAACACCAAAUGCAGUUGAUCGUCUUAACUAUGCCCAGUGGUAUCCAAUUGUUGUAUUUCUUAAUCCUGAUUCUAAGCAAGGAGUAAAAACAAUGAGAAUGAGGUUAUGUCCAGAAUCUCGGAAAAGUGCCAGGAAGUUAUAUGAGCGAUCUCAUAAACUUCGUAAAAAUAAUCACCAUCUUUUUACAACUACAAUUAACUUAAAUUCAAUGAAUGAUGGUUGGUAUGGUGCACUGAAAGAAGCAAUUCAACAGCAGCAAAACCAGCUGGUGUGGGUUUCUGAGGGAAAGGCGGAUGGUGCUACAAGUGAUGACCUUGAUUUGCAUGAUGAUCGUCUGUCCUACCUGUCAGCUCCAGGUAGUGAAUACUCAAUGUAUAGCACGGACAGUAGACACACUUCUGACUAUGAAGACACAGACACAGAAGGCGGGGCCUACACUGAUCAAGAACUAGAUGAAACUCUUAAUGAUGAGGUUGGGACUCCACCGGAGUCUGCCAUUACACGGUCCUCUGAGCCUGUAAGAGAGGACUCCUCUGGAAUGCAUCAUGAAAACCAAACAUAUCCUCCUUACUCACCACAAGCGCAGCCACAACCAAUUCAUAGAAUAGACUCCCCUGGAUUUAAGCCAGCCUCUCAACAGAAAGCAGAAGCUUCAUCUCCAGUCCCUUACCUUUCGCCUGAAACAAACCCAGCAUCAUCAACCUCUGCUGUUAAUCAUAAUGUAAAUUUAACUAAUGUCAGACUGGAGGAGCCCACCCCAGCUCCUUCCACCACUUACUCACCACAAGCUGAUUCUUUAAGAACACCAAGUACUGAGGCAGCUCACAUAAUGCUAAGAGAUCAAGAACCAUCAUUGUCGUCGCAUGUAGAUCCAACAAAGGUGUACAGAAAGGAUCCAUAUUCCGAGGAAAUGAUGAGACAAAACCAUGUUUUGAAACAGCCAGCCGUUGGUCACCCAGGGCACAGGCCAGACAAAGAGCCUAAUCUGACCUAUGAACCCCAACUCCCAUACGUAGAGAAACAAGCCAGCAGAGACCUUGAGCAGCCCACGUACAGAUACGAGUCCUCAAGCUAUACGGACCAGUUUUCUCGAAACUAUGAACAUCGUCUGCGAUACGAAGAUCGCGUCCCCAUGUAUGAAGAACAGUGGUCAUAUUAUGAUGACAAACAGCCCUACCCAUCUCGGCCACCUUUUGAUAAUCAGCACUCUCGAGACCUUGACUCCAGACAGCAUCCCGAAGAGUCCUCAGAACGCGGGUACUUUCCACGUUUUGAAGAGCCAGCCCCUCUGUCCUAUGACAGCAGACCACGUUACGAACAGGCACCUAGAGCGUCUGCCCUGCGGCACGAAGAGCAGCCAGCUCCUGGGUAUGACACGCAUGGUAGACACAGGCCGGAAACCCAGCCCUACCCUUCAGCAGGGCCCAAGCCCGCAGAGCCCAAGCAGUAUUUUGAGCAAUAUUCACGCAGUUACGAGCAAGUCCCACCCCAAGGAUUUACCUCUAGAGCAGGUCAUUUUGAGCCUCUCCAUGGUGCUGCAGCUGUCCCUCCGCUGAUACCUUCAUCUCAGCAUAAGCCAGAAGCUCUGCCUUCAAAUACCAAACCGCUGCCUCCACCCCCAACUCAAACCGAAGAAGAGGAAGAUCCAGCAAUGAAGCCACAGUCUGUACUCACCAGAGUUAAGAUGUUUGAAAACAAAAGAUCUGCAUCCUUAGAGACCAAGAAGGAUGUAAAUGACACUGCCACUUUUAAGCCUCCAGAAGUAGCAUCUAAACCUUCAGGUGCUCCCAUCAUUGGUCCCAAACCCACUUCUCAGAAUCAGUUCAGUGAACAUGACAAAACUCUAUACAGGAUCCCAGAACCUCAAAAGCCUCAACUGAAGCCACCUGAAGAUAUUGUUCGGUCAAAUCAUUAUGACCCUGAAGAAGAUGAAGAAUAUUAUCGAAAACAGCUCUCAUACUUUGACCGAAGAAGUUUUGAGAAUAAGCCUCCUGCACACAUUGCUGCCAGCCAUCUCUCCGAGCCUGCAAAGCCAGCUCAUUCUCAGAAUCAAUCAAAUUUUUCUAGUUAUUCUUCAAAGGGAAAGCCUCCUGAAGCUGAUGGUGUAGAUAGAUCAUUUGGUGAGAAACGCUAUGAACCCCUCCAGGUCACUCCCCCUCCUCCUCCAUUGCCCUCGCAGUACGCCCAGCCAUCUCAACCUGUCACCAGCGCGUCUCUCCACAUACAUUCUAAGGGAGCACAUGGUGAAGGUAAUUCAGUGUCAUUGGAUUUUCAGAAUUCCUUAGUGUCCAAACCAGACCCACCUCCGUCUCAGAAUAAGCCAGCAACUUUCAGACCACCAAACCGAGAAGAUACUGCUCAGCCAGCUUUCUAUCCCCAGAAAAGUUUUCCAGAUAAAGCCCCAGUUAAUGGAACUGAACAGACUCAGAAAACGGUCACUCCAGCAUACAAUCGAUUCACACCAAAACCAUAUACAAGUUCUGCCCGACCGUUUGAACGCAAGUUUGAAAGUCCUAAAUUCAAUCACAAUCUUCUGCCAAGUGAAACUGCACAUAAACCUGACUUGUCAAAAACUCCCACUUCUCCAAAAACUGUUGUGAAAUCGCACAGUUUGGCACAGCCUUCUGAGUUUGACAGUGGAGUUGAAACUUUCUCUAUCCAUGCAGAGAAGCCUAAAUAUCAAAUAAAUAAUAUCAGCACAGUGCCUAAAGCUAUUCCUGUAAGUCCUUCAGCUGUGGAAGAGGAUGAAGAUGAAGAUGGUCAUACUGUGGUGGCCACAGCGCGAGGCAUAUUUAACAGCAAUGGUGGCGUGCUGAGUUCCAUAGAAACUGGCGUCAGUAUAAUUAUCCCUCAAGGAGCCAUUCCCGAAGGAGUUGAGCAGGAAAUCUAUUUUAAGGUCUGCCGAGACAACAGCAUCCUCCCACCUUUAGAUAAAGAGAAAGGUGAAACACUGCUGAGUCCCUUGGUGAUGUGUGGUCCCCAUGGCCUCAAGUUCCUGAAGCCUGUGGAGCUGCGCUUACCACACUGUGAUCCUAAAACCUGGCAAAACAAGUGUCUUCCUGGAGAUCCAAAUUAUCUCGUUGGAGCAAACUGUGUUUCUGUCCUUAUUGACCACUUUUAACUCUGAAAUAUAGGAACUUGAUUAAAUAAUGUGAAACUGGAUUAAACUUAAUCUAAAUGGAACCACUCUAUCAAGUAUUAUACCUUUUUUAGAAUUGAUACUACAGUUUGUUAGUAUGAAGCAUUUGUUUGAACUGAUAAAGAUUAGUGAGCAUGCCCCUGAACCAUGGUCAGAAAACAUGCUACACGCUGUGUGUUUGUGAUUGACGGGACUGUUGGUAUUGGCUAGAGGUUCAAAGAUAUUUUGCUUUGUGAUUUUUGUAGUUUUUUUUUUUAUCGUCACUGCUUAACUUCACAUAUUGAUUUCCGUUAAAAUACCAGCCAGUAAAUGGGGGUGCAUUUGAGGUCUGUUCUUUCCAAAGUACACUGUUUCAAACUUUACUAUGGCCCUGGCCUAGCAUACAUACACAUUUUAUUUUAUUAUGCAUGAAGUAAUAUGCACACAUUUUUAAAAUGCACCUGGAAUAUAUAACCAGUGUUGUGGAUUUAACAGAAAUGUACAGCAAGGGGAUUUAUAACUGGGGGAGGGUGAAGUGAAGACAAUGACUUACUGUAUAUGAAAACACAUUUUUCAUAGGGAAGGAUACAGAAGCAUGUGAGACUGGUUCCAUGGCCUCUUCAGAUCUCUAACUUCACCAUAUUACCACAAACAUACUAACCAGCAGGAAUGCCUUACCCUCAUGUUCUUAAUUCUUAGCUCAUUCUCGCUGUAUGUUACUAAGUUUUUAUGGCUUUUGUGCAUUAUCAAGAUACUGUAUCAUGACAAAGACUGAGUAAAUUGUGCAUUUGGUGGUUUCAGAAAUGUGUUAUCACCCAGAAGAAAAUAGUGGUGUGAUUUGGGGAUUUUUUCUUUUCUUUUUUCUUUUUCUUUUUUUUGGACAAGGGGCAGUGGUUGUUUUCUGUUCUUUCUGGCUAUGCAUUUGAAAAUUUUGAUGUUUUAAGGAUGCUUGUAUAUAAUGCGUGCAUACCACUUUUGUUCUUGGUUUGUAAAUUAACUUUUAUAAACUUUACCUUUUUUAUACAUAAACAAAACCAAGUUUCUAAAGGCUACCUUUGUAUUCUCUCCUGUACCUCUUGAGCCUUGAACUUUGACCUCUGCAGCAAUAAAGCAGCGUUUCUAUGACACAUGCAAGGUCAUUUUUUUUAAGAAAAAGGAUGCACAGAGUUGUUACAUUUUUAAGUGCUGCAUUUAAAAGAUACAGCUACUCAGAAUUCUCUAGUUUGAUUAAAUUCUUGCAAAGUAUCCCUACUGUAAUUUGUGAUACAAUGCUGUGCCCUAAAGUGUAUUUUUUUACUAAUAGACAAUUUAUUAUGGCACAUCAGCACGAUUUCUGUUUAGAUAAUACACCACUACGUUCUGUUAAUCAUUAGGUGUGACUGAAUUUCUUUUGCCGUUAUUAAAAAUCUCAAAUUUCUAAAUCUCCAAAAUAAAACUUUUUAAAAUAAA